UUUUGUUAGAUUCACUCUCUGUUUCUUUUCUCCAAAGUAGAAAUAAUUCUUUCCGCCAUGGAUAAUUCCGGGGCCGGCGCUGGGGCCGGGCAACAAUUCGCACGGCCGCGAGAGCUGCACGGCCCUCGGCCGGCGCCUCUCACUGUGAGGAAGGAGUCCCGCAAGAUCAGGAAGCCCCCGGCGGCGCCGCCGCCGCCGCAGCACCGGCAGCCCGUCAUCAUCUACGCCGUCUCGCCCAAGGUCAUCCACACCACCCCCGCCGACUUCAUGGCCGUCGUGCAGAGCCUCACCAGCGUCCAUGCGGCAGCCGCGGCGCCCUCGUCGUCGUCUUCGCUCGCCGGCGGUGCCACCGCCGGUAACCCCCACGGCAACUGGGGAUCGGCUCAAUUCUCUCCGGCCGCCCGCUUGGCCGCCUUCGAGAAGGCCGCCACCUCCUCCCCCUCCGCUUCUGCUUCUGCACGAAUAUUAAAUCGCGAAGUAGUCGACGACGUGGUGGUGGAAAUCAUUCGUUCGCCGGAAGAGCGGAGACUAGGAGGAGGAGGGAUCCUGUCGCCGGGGCCUGCGUCCCUGCCGUGGAUAUCCCCGGUGAUGUUUACUCCGACGGCUCUGUUUACGCCGCCGCCGCAUCUGCCGCCGCUGCCGCCGUCGAUUCAACUCGUGGCGAGUCCUGACGCCAACAAUCUAUUCUUUUCCAACACCGGGAUGAUGGUUCCUUCUCCGGCGGCUUAUUGGGAUCUCUUCAACCAUUACACCAACAAUUAAUUAAUAUUAAUUAACUUAUUGCUGCAUGCACGGGUUAUUGAAAUUGGAUGAGAAGAAAAAGGAUUAAUUCAAGAGUUCCUCUGUUUGCAAGAUGCUCCUCAUUGUUACAUUAAUGAACUCCUUAGAUUUUAGAAAUUCUAGCGAGUUUAGGCUGGAUUACCUAGAGAUUUAUGAAAUAUACAGGGAGCUCCUUGUAAUUUAGAAUGUAUGAAUAUUCUAAUAAUAUGUAAAUUCUUAAAGGAAUUUAAUU